AGGGACCUAGCCAGUCGCGAGUUGGACGUCGGCUGAGGCGGUUGGAGGUCUGUUGACCGGUCCUUUUUUUCCCUCUCUGUUGGUUUGCGUGCCACCGGCUUCGUUCAAAACGGACGAUCGCAAGAGCAGCUGGUCUAUCUUGAGAGGCAUCAUGAGCGGUUGUCGCGUCUUCAUAGGAAGGCUGAAUCCAGCUGCCCGAGAGAAAGAUGUGGAGAGAUUUUUCAAGGGAUAUGGACGCAUCAGAGAUAUUGAUCUGAAAAGGGGUUUUGGAUUUGUGGAGUUUGAGGAUCCAAGGGAUGCUGAUGAUGCAGUCUAUGAGUUGGAUGGAAAAGAGCUUUGCAGUGAGAGAGUUACAAUUGAACAUGCAAGGGCUCGUUCAAGAGGUGGAAGAGGCAGAGGACGUUACUCUGACCGUUUUAGCAGCCGUCGCCCACGAAAUGACAGAAGAAAUGCUCCACCUGUCAGAACAGAAAAUCGUCUAAUUGUAGAAAAUCUAUCAUCCCGAGUCAGCUGGCAGGAUCUCAAAGACUUCAUGAGACAAGCUGGAGAAGUGACUUUUGCAGAUGCACACAGGCCCAAACUAAAUGAAGGGGUGGUUGAGUUUGCCUCUUACAGUGAUCUAAAGAAUGCUAUUGAAAAGCUUUCUGGCAAAGAAAUAAAUGGACGGAAAAUCAAACUAAUUGAGGGCAGCAAAAGACAUAGUAGGUCCAGGAGCAGGUCUCGCUCCCGUAGCAGGAGCUCCUCAAGAUCCCGCAGCCGUUCUCGCUCCAGGAGUCGCAAAUCUUACACCAGGAGCAGGAGCCGUAGCAAGUCACGUUCAGUUAGUAGAUCUCCUGCCCCUGAAAAGAGUCAGAAACGUGCUUCCUCAAGUAGAUCCAAGUCUCCAGCUUCCGUUGAUCGCCAGAGGUCGCGUUCAAGAUCACGAUCUGUUGACAGCGGCAACUGAAUUGUAAAUAGUUUGCCUUGGGGACUUUUAAAAUCAUACUUGCUAGUUGUGGUAAGUAUGUGACUUCUGGGGGAAGGGACUGAAUGGGGAGGGAGGGGGUUGAACAGCUUUGUACAUGUGGACCACCAAGGAGUUAUUGAACUAAUUGUAUUUGUCUUUUUGAUAAUCCUUUUCCUGCUCACUUCAUUAAGACAGAAGUGCAUAGCUUUAUGUAAAUUGCUAGAGCUCUUUGAAGAAAUUUUUUUGUAUUUAAAAUAUCUCUACUUUUGAGCACCUGUUCUCAGUAUAUUCUCAUAAUUGGCGUUUCAGGGUAUUAAACAUUUAAAUUGGCUAUGGAGCUCUGUACCAGCUGUGAAUAAAGCUUUAUUUCAGAUUUUUA